AUACUUCAGAAUGUGUUUGACCCUAACAAACAAGUUUAUCUGCACAACGAUUUCAACCAAUUCUACCGACGUUAUUUGUGAAUGUGCAUUUUUAUUCGCAUUUAUCAUUUAUUUGCAUUCAUAACAGAAAAAUGGCGGAUGAUCUGUUACAGGCGAGCAUUGAAAAAGUUUUGAAAAUUUUCGAAAAGUCUGAAGCAGAUCUUAUGCAAGAUAUUUGUCAGAUUAGAGAUUGGUUCAGAAAACAAAUGCACAUACCAGAAAUACCUAGUAAUUCACUCAUACAACAUUUUCUUAUCAUGAAUAAGUUUAGUAUUGAAAAAACUAAGAAGAAGCUGGAUUUUUACUACAGCAUUAGAACAAUGAUUCCCGAAAUAUUUCAAAACAAAAAUCCGAAACUACCUCAUAUGCAGGAGAUCACUAAAUUUGCAUAUUUUGUCCCCCUUCCAAAGUUGACGGAAGAUUUAUAUAGAGUGAAUAUUUUCAAAAUAAUUGGAGAGCCAAAACACCUCAAUGUGUACAAUGUAUUUGCACAUCAGCUAAAUAUUAUUGAAGUUAAAUGUCACGAAGAAUUAAGUAUGGGUGAUGUAUUGAUAAUAGAUCUCCAAGAUGUUACUAUGGGUCAUUUCGUUAAAGUAACUCCUCAGCAUAUUCGCAAAGCAAAUUUGAUUUUGGAGAAAGUUUACUCAGCCAGACUGAAGCAGAUCCAUCUGGUUUACCCGUCCCCUUGUAUAGAUAUGUUAGUCACCCUUUUGAAAUCCGUAUUGAAACCAAAACUAUUUGCAAGAAUUCAAGUACAUCCCUCGGCAGAAAGUCUUUUGAAACAAAUUCCUGCAGAUAUUCUUACUAAGGAUUAUGGAGGAAACGAGCCAUCAUUGGAUCACUUUCAAGAACUAUGGAAGCAGAAGCUUCAUCAGUAUUCGGACAGAUUCGAUAAACUGGAUUCAAUGAAAGUUAACGAAACUCUUCGUCCAGCACCAUUAAAAAACGAUGACGUUUUAGGAUACUACGGAAAUUUCAAGUCUCUUAACAUUGAUUAAUCAUUCAACUUGAUUUUAUUAUUGCUAAAAAGUUUAACAAAUAUUGGGAAGAUGUAGAUAUAAUUUUAACGUGAAAGGAUUCAUAUUUUUAGAUUUUCAACACAGUGUGUUUUUAUUUAAUUUUUACGAAACUGGAAUUUAUGUUACCAAAUUGAAUCACUGUUAUUUUUCAAUGAGACAGGCAAUAAAAGUAAAUUUGAAGUUUUGAUAUCGGCUACAAAUGUAAGAAAAUCCUAGAAUCGAAAUAAUAAAUAGUGUAAUGUUUUCUUAAUUCCAAUGUAUUUAAAAUGUUUAUCCUAACGUAAAGAUUAUAUUUUGAAUAUACUACGCA